AUGAAUGGCAACUAUUGGACCAACAGCAAAAGCGCUUGUGGCUUCUACAACAGCAGGAACAACGAGUUUCAACGGCAGCUAUAUGACCAACAGCAACAGCGCUUGUGGCCUGUACAACAGCAGGAACAACGACAGUUUGAUUGGCAGCUAUCGGACCAAGAGCAAAAGCGCUUGUGGCUUCUACAACAGCAGGAACAACGAGCAGCUAUCGGACCAACAGCAAAAGCGCUUGAGGCUUCAACAACAGCAGGAACAACGAGAUUGAUUGGCAGCUACGUGGCCAACAGCAACACCUCUUGUGGCUUCUACAACAGCAGGAACAAAGACAGUUUGAUUGGCAGCUAUUGGACCAACAGCAAAAGCGCUUGUGGCUUCUACAACAGCAGAAAAAACGAGUUUGAUUGGCUGCUAUCAGGAACAACGAGUUUGAAUGUCAGCUAUGUGACAAACAGCAACAGCGCUUGUGGCUUCAACUACAGCAGGAACAACAACAGUCUGAUUGGCAGCUAUGUGACCAACAGCAAAAGCGCUUGUGGCUUCUACAACAGCAGGAACAUCGAGUUUCGUUGGCAGCUAUGUGACCAACAGCAACAGCGCUUGUGGCUUCUACAACAGCAAGAACAACGCAAUUUGAUUGGCAGCUGUCGGACCAACAGCAAAAGCGCUUGUGGCUUCUACAACAGCAGGAACAACGAGUAUGAUUGGCAGCUAUCUGACAAACAGCAACAGCGCUUGUGGCUUCUACAACAGCAGGAACAACGACAGGAACAACGACAGUUUGAUUGGCAGCUAUCGGACCAACAGCAAAAGCGCUUGUGGCUUCUACAACAGCAAGAACAAGAGUUUAAUUCGCAGCUAUGUGACCAACAGCAACAGCGCUUGUGGCUUCUGCAACAGCAGGAACAACGACAAUAUGUGACCAACAGCAACAGCGCUUGUGGCUUCUACAACAGCAGGAACAACGACUGUUUGACUGGCAGCUAUGUGACCAACAGCAACAGCGCUUCUGGCUUCUACAAUAGCAGGAACAACGACAGUUUGAAUGGUAAAUAUGUGACCACUAGUAACAGCGCUUGUGGCUUCUACAACUGUAGGAACAACCACAGUUUGAUUGUCACCUAUCGGACCAACAGCAAAAGGGCUUGUGGCUUCUACAACAGCAGGAACAACGACAGUUUGAUUGGCAUCUAUGUGACCAACAGCAAAAGCGCUUGUGGCCUCUACAACAGCAGGAACAACGACAGUUUGAUCGGCAGCUAUCGGACCAACAGCAAAAGCGCUUGUGGCUUCUACAUCAGCAAGAACAACGAGUUUGAUUGGCAGCUAUGUGACCAACUGCACCUGAGCUUGCGGCUUAAACAAGAGCGGGAACAACGACAGUUUGAUUCGCAGCUAUCGGACCAACAGCAAAACCGCUUCAACAGCGCUUGUGGCUUCUACAACAGCAGGAACUACGACAGUUUGAUUGGCAGCUAUCGGACCAACAGCAAAAGCACUUGUGGCUCCUACAACUGCAAGAACAACGAAUUUGAUUGGCAGCUAUGUGACCAACAGCAACAGAGCUUGUGGCUUCUACAACAGCAGGAACAACGACAAUUUGAUUGGCAGCUAUGUGACCAACAGCAACAGCGCUUGUGGCUUCUACAACAGCAGGAACUGCGACUGUUUGAUUGGCAGGUAUGUGACCAACAGCAACAGCGCUUGUGUCUUCCACAACAGCAGCAACAACAACAGUUUGAUUGGCAGCUAUCGGACCAACAGCAAAAGCGCUUGUGGCCUCUACAACAGCAGGAACAACGACAGUUUGAUUGGCAGCUAUGUGACCAACAGCAACAGCGCUUGCGGCUUCUACAACAGCAGGAAGAACGACAGUUUGAUUGGCAGCUAUCGGACCAACAGCAACAGCACUUGUGGCUUCUACAACAACAGGAACAACGACUGUUUGAUUGGCAGGUACGUGACCAACAGCAACAGCGCUUGUGUCUUCCACAACAGCAGCAACAACAACUGUUUUAUUGGCAGCUAUCGGACCAACAGCAAAAGCGCUUUUGGACUCUACAACAGCAGGAACAACGACAGUUUGAUUGGCAGGCAUGUGACCAACAGCAACAGCGCUUCUGGCUUCUACAAAAGCAGGAACAACGACAGUUUGAUUGGCAGCAUUCGGACCAACAGCAAAAGCGCUUGUGGCUUCUACAACAGCAGGAACAAGGCAGUUUGAUUGGCAGCUAUCGGACCAACAGGAAAAGCGCUUGUGGCUUCUACAACAGCAGGAUCAACGAGUUUGAUUGGCAGCUAUGUGACCAACAGCAACAGCGCUUGUGGCUUCUACAACUGCAGGAACAACGACUGUUUGAUUGGCAGCUAUGUGACCAACAGCAACAGCGCUUGUGGCUUCUACAAUAG